AUGGGCGGCAAACGCAAAGCCUCACAAGACCUUCGGGGUCAGUCGCUCCCUGUCGAUCAAACGUUGACCUUUGAAGCCCCUCCAGAAGACGCAAAAUCUCGAGAUAGUCACUAUACCGAGCUAUAUUCCAAAGCGCCAGACUUUCAGCAGCUCGCUCUUCAAGAUGCAGAUUUCGCACGAUUGUGGAACAAACACAAAACUGAUUUCUUCAAUGAUCCGGAAUGUGUUAUGCAAUUGACGAAGUCACUUCUCAAGCUGGACUUUGGACUGAAGCUUGAACUUCCUGAUGAUCGACUAUGCCCUCCUGUCCUCAACCGGCACAACUAUGUAUUGUGGCUAAAAGACCUCCUCGACAGCACUUCUUAUGAGAAACAAGAUAGGAAAAUCGUUGGGUUAGACAUUGGUACUGGCGCAAGUUGCAUAUAUCCUUUGAUGGGCUGCACUGAACGUGAUUGGGAGUUCAUCGCUACUGACAUCGACCCAAAAAGCCUUGAGUAUGCUUACAAGAACGUGAUACUGAAUGAACUCGGGAACAGGAUCAAAGUCAUGGGGCGGAAGCCAACCGAUGCUCUCAUUCCGCUCGAUGAUCUAAAUAUCAACAACAUUUCUUUCACCAUGUCAAAUCCGCCUUUCUACAAAUCCGAAGAAGAGCUACUAGAGAGUGCGAGAAAAAAGUCUCGUCCUCCUUUUACGGCAUGUACAGGAGCCAAGAUCGAGAUGGUGACCGACGGCGGCGAGAUCGCCUUUGUUGACCGCAUGCUCAAAGAGUCGCUCGUACUUCAAGAACGUGUACAGUGGUAUACAUCCAUGUUCGGGUUUCUCACAAGCUUGAUUGAGUUUGUGGACAAAUUGAAAGAACACAAAAUCGACAAUUAUGCUGUCACAGAGUUUGUUCAGGGCAACAAAACAAGAAGAUGGGCUGUUGCAUGGAGUUUCGGAAACUUGAGACCAUCCCAGGCAGUUGCACGCGGAAUCAAGACAGCAGUUUCCAAAAACGUGCUUCCGGAGAUCACAGAAGAGAAAGUUGUUGAUAUACCUCUCCAAGAGAAAAUCGGUGACUUUGCGGAUAGUUUUCGAUCUGAACUUGAGAAGCUGGACUUGAUCACCUGGGAAUGGGACACUGAGCGCCUGGAAGGGAUUGGACGAGCAGCAGGUCGCGUCUGGGCACGAGCUUGGCGUCGAAGAAAACAAAGAGGGGAGACUGAAGACCAAAAGGUGGUAGACGUAAAGUGCGAGUUUGCUUUCAAGGUUUCCAUACAGGUUGGUAAGGAUGAUGUGGAAGUCCACUGUCGAUGGCUUCAAGGUCACGAUCCUGUCACUUUCGAGAGCUUCAGGGGAUAUCUGAAGAAGACGGCGCGAAAUAUCGUCAAUCUUCAGAGCACCGAGGACAAAGCAUAG